AUGUUUGGGUAUCACAAUCUCUUCCAGUUCAGAGACACUGAGCUUCUGAUCAAUGGAAAUGCCUGCUGGUCACAGCUCUGCUUCAUCUUCGUGCCCUUCUGGGACCAUGGCGCCUACCUCUGGACCUCGGUCUUCAACACGCUGAGCCACCACUACUAUGAAGACUACCGGGAGAUGCAUUGGAAGUUGGGAGGAAGAAUGCUCCAACUUCAAGGCCGCGUGCGUCAGCUCCUCGCAUACUUGGAAUGGGGCCGGCACCUGAAGUGCACCAUGGGCCGAUUGUUGGCAAGCGCUGGUUGCACGCCGGGGAGGCUCUUGCCGGCAGUUCCGGGCAUAGGCUUCUCGCUGGCUGGCAACCUGCAGUAUCCUGCGAAGGACUAUGCUUCUGCAUGGCAGGGAGGCGGCUCCAUUGAGAAGCAUUGGCACGGCCGUCACCACUGGGCCACCGACAAGCACUUCGGCUACGGGACCUACGACUGCAUUGCCAACCUCGGUUCCGGAGGAGAUCCAGAUAAGCGCGAGGCAGCACUACUGGGCUUCUUGGAGGAGUACCAGAAGCUGGUGGAGGGCACGGUGAAGGUGGCAUCGAUCCUGCGGAGUUAG